CAACCUUUACCAGACCACAAGACCCACUAGUAGUUCUAUUUCAGUCAUCCAAAUAAAAAAAUAAAAAAAGAAAAAGAAAAACAACUCGUUUAAGACUGGAAGUCAAAAACUCUGCAUAAUCUCUGCCUGCCUCCCAAGCAUCAUGAAGAAGAAGAGGCAGAGCAUCCACAAGGCCACCUCUCACCUGCACAACCCAAUAACCCAAACACCAAUUUUCACAAAUUCAAUUUCACAACUCACCCUUUUCAUCUUUCUCUCACUCUCACUCACGCCCUUAUCUCUCUCUUCUUCUUCUUCAUCCUCACUACCCAAAAAGCCACCUCCUCUUCCCAUUCUGCCCCUCCCCUCAGCUCCCCAGCUCCAAUGGCAACUUGGGCACAUGGCCAUGUUUCUCCAUUUUGGACCCAACACCUUCACAGACUCAGAAUGGGGCACAGGCCACGUUGACCCUUCAGCCUUCAACCCCACCAAGCUCAAUGCCACUCAGUGGGUCAAAGUGGCCAAAGACUCGGGCUUUUCCCGCGUAAUUCUCACUGCAAAGCACCACGAUGGGUUCUGCUUGUGGCCCACUGAGUACACCAACUACUCGGUGAGCUCCAGCCCCUGGAGGAAUGGUGGUGGUGAUGUUGUUGGUGAGCUGGCUAUGGCUGCUAGGGAAGCAGGUAUUGGAUUGGGGCUUUACCUUUCGCCGUGGGAUCGGCAUGAACCGUUCUAUGGGAAGACUUUGGAGUAUAACGAGUUCUACAUGGGGCAAAUGACAGAAUUGCUGACAAGGUACGGAGAGAUCAAGGAGGUGUGGUUGGAUGGUGCAAAGGGGGAGGGGGAGAAAGACAUGGAAUAUUUUUUUGAUUCUUGGUUUAGUCUCAUUCAUCAACUCCAGCCAGGGGCUGUCAUUUUUUCCGAUGCUGGUCCUGACACCAGGUGGGUUGGGGAUGAAGCUGGCGUUGCCGGGUCUACUUGUUGGUCUCUUUUCAAUCGGAGUGAUGCAAAGAUCGGCGACACUGAUUACCAAUAUUCAAGUGGAGGAGACCCAUUUGGUCAUGAUUGGGUACCAGCUGAGUGUGAUGUCUCAAUCAGACCUGGUUGGUUUUGGCAUUUGUCAGAACUUCCAAAAUCUGCAAGGACUCUUCUUGACCUAUACUACAAAUCAGCUGGCAGAAAUUGUCUCUUGUUACUUAAUGUACCCCCAAACUCUUCAGGUCUCAUAUCAUCAGAAGAUAUCCAAGUGCUUCAAGAAUUCAGUGAGCUCCGGAGGUCAAUAUUCUCACAUAAUCUGGCCAUAAAUGCCCUUAUCAAUGCAAGCUGUACGCGAGGAGGUAGUAGCCAUUCUUGGUUCAACCCCUACAAUGUCGUCAAAGAAGGUAUUCAGUCCUAUUGGGCCCCUGAGGUAAAUCAGUCUAAUUGGAUUCUAUACUUGAACCUUCAAGAAAUAGUAUCAUUCAACAUUCUGCAAGUUCAAGAGCCAAUUCAAAUGGGACAGCGGGUUAUUGAGUUCCAUCUUGAGGUCCUGAAUGAAGAUGGGGAGUGGAAUGAAGUAAUUAAUGGCACCACAAUCGGAUAUCAAAGGCUUCUGCAAUUUCCGACGGUAAAAUCUCAGUACUUGAGGUUUGUUAUUGACAAGGCCCGGGCAGACCCUCUUAUUUCCUACUUGGGUAUAUAUAUGGAUGAAUUUUCCAUUUUGAGCAACUUAUCUAAUACAACCUCACAAGCAGGCAUCAAUGGCAGUCAAGUUCUGCAUGGCCAUAUUGAAUCCAAUCAUUCUCAAAUUUCUGCCAUAUAGUGUUUGUAUAUUUCCAUUGAAUGUAAAUAUACUAUCAUCUUCAAUUUUUUCUCCUUUCUAA